AUGUUGAACGGCUCCAAGGAUCCGGAACGACCGAAGCAAGCUGUGAUCUUGGCGGCCGGCCGCGGCUCACGCCUCGUGCCCUACACCGAUGCACUCCCGACGGCGUUGAUUUCCAUCGGUGGCAAGUCUAUGGUGGCUCACACGAUCUCGACUCUGCGUCGCCAAGGGGUCCAAAGCUUCUACCUGUGCCGGGGCUGGAAAGGAGAUGUUUUCGAUGAGCACCUGAGCUCGCUGGGCGACGGAGUCCAGUUGAUCGACUGCCCCGAUUUUGCAACGACUGGGAUGCUGGAGAGCUUGCGCGUUGCACUGCCACAUGUCCGACCUGGGCCCUUACUGGUUUGUUAUGGGGACAUCAUCUUCCGCCACAGCGUGGCACGGCAGCUGCUGGAAACCACAGGAGGCAUCGCCGCAGUGGUCAACGCGGCGGCUCCUGGUAAGGAAAGCAAGGGCUUCAACGAGGUUGAAGUGGUCGCGGCCACUGGCACUGGGCCCGACCGCACCAUACGUCGAAUCGGCAAGGGUCGGCGUGUGAGCGAGUGUGACUGCGCCGGGGAGUUUGCUGGGUUGGUGAAGUUCUCUACAUCUGGGAGAGCUAUCAUGGAGGAAGUCGUUCGCCGGCUCUUCCAGGAGGACAAGUCCUGCACCGGCCAAGCAUGGAGCUUGCCUUGGUGGCUUGAGCCUGUCGGCAGGGCCAGCCUGUGCGACCUGCUUCAACUCAUGGCCGACGAGGGCAUCUGCAUCUCCCUGGCCAUGGUUUUUGGUGGAUGGCAUGAGGUUAACACACCGCCGGACUUGACGAGGGCGUGGAAUGACACUGCGCUGUUCCUGUCGGAAGAGGACACCGUCACCCAAGUGAAGGCCAUGGGCGCUUGCCUCCUGAGUGAGGCCAAUGACCUGAAGCGGCCGCUGCCAAUUGUCGCCAAGGAGCUCAAUGUCAACUUGGAAAGGCUUGAGUGCUUGCUGAAAGGCAAUCUAGAAGUGAGUGACGCACUGGAUAUCAUGCGCAAGAUGAGUGAGGUUUAUGCCGUGCCGCUGAAUGACUUGUGGUUGGAUGCAGAUGACACCGAUGCUGGAGUUCGAGUCUUCACCAUGGAAGCUUCGGAGUCGUCUGCUCGCAUACUUGACAGAAAGGACAGGACAGGCAGCAGAACGCCCUACUAUGAGUAUCGCGACGCUGCCAUGAGCCGCUGCAGCCAGUUUCGGCCAGAGUGGAUCAAGGUGCUUCGUGUGGUUGCCUCUGGAGAUCCGCUUGACCCGGAUGUUCAAAUGAACAAUGGGCAUUUGAUGAUGCAGACCACUCUCUUUAUUGGCCCUGUGGACUUCUACUACACCGACAGGCAUGGAAGGGUUCACCGCAAGGAGAUGAACACUGGAGACAGCAAUUAUAUUUCGCCGUUUGUGCCACACUCAUUCACUGCCCGUGCGGGAAGUCCGGAAGCCAUCAUCAUAGCAGUUACAUACGGCGGCGCUGUGCGUCGGGCCUUCACCGAGCUUUCACGUGUGGGUGCAAAGCAGGUUGCCGCGCUGGCUGGUGACUCUCGCAACCCAGAAGAAGCCCGCGAAUGUGUCCUGAAGCGUUGCCUGGCCGCAGAAUGCUUGAGCCCAGCUGAAUUGGUCUCUGCAUUGGCACCGGGCGUGGCCGAAGGCCGUGCUUGGGAGCUUCUCCGAGGAGCGGAGGCCAGCAGCAACGAGAUUCAGAGUCUCGCAGAUGUUCUGAACGUGCGCGUGUCUGAUUUGCUGGUCAGCCCUCUUGAAGACGAGGAGGAGGUUGUUGUGACGUAUGCAGAGAAGAGCCAGCAACAUGCUCGUCGGAUGAACGGCUAUGUGCUCUUGCCUGGUGCCCGGACGAGGCACCAGCCGGACUUGAAGACCUUCGACCUGGAGGUGCUCGAGUCUGCAACCCCCGGCGAGAGUCUCAGCUGUGGGCUGCACACUUUCGUCUACCACUUCGGCUCCGAAGCUGUCGAGCUGAGGUGGUCCACGAGACUGGGGGCUUCACGUGCUACAAUCCUACGACCAGGAGAUUCCUCCUACAUUGCGCCCUUAGUGGAGCACAGCUUCUCUGUUCUUCCUGGGGCUGCGCAGGAGCCGGGGAUGAACGGUGCAGCCUGCGGAAAGGGGCGGCACCUCUUCCUUGUGCGCAUCCCCGGGCAGCUGUCAGGUGAGACGCUCGCCGAGUUUGCCACAUUUUCCACCCAUGGCCGUGAGCGUGUCGGAGCAGAAACGGUGCAGUGGUACAAUUGA